UUUAUUUAAUCAAUAAUGUUUUGCUGUCAAAAUUCCGACGAGGUAAUUGCCAACUUUUGCAUGUUGAAAAAAGUUCAAAAGGUACAUCCUGCCGAAAAAGUACGCCGUAGAGGUAAUCAUUGUACCGAUAAACUAUUCGCAAUCGUUUUUGUAUUAUACCUAUGUGGUUUGGGUGCUAUCGCAUAUUAUGCAUUCCAAAUUGGGAAUCCACUUCGAAUGAUACAUGGAUCCGAUUCAUUUGGCAAUAUUUGUGGUCAAAAAAAUGAAAAAAUCGAUGAUCUACCAUUCACGGGUUUGGAUCUUCGAAACCGGCCGAAUCUUUUUCAUUUGAAUCAACGAGAUCCAAAAAAUUCAAUCAAAAUUUGUGUGAAAAAAUGUCCAAAUCGAGAUUUGGUUAAUAUGGCUGAAAUCUAUCAGUUUUAUACUCGUUAUAAUGCUUCGCUCUGUCGAUAUGAUUUUGAAUUUAAUACAACUAUGCCGACAUCUAGUCCGUUACAAAUAUCUCAAUUGUAUCCAACAUUGGAUCAGCUUCAAGAACAAUCACAAACAUCGAUCACUAACGAUACUGGAUUAUGUCCUACUCUGCCAGUGUUUAAAAACCGACGAUUGCUCUAUUAUUGUCUUCCCGAAAUGGCCAUCAUUCAAGGUGUUGCAUUGGGACAUACAAUAUAUGAGUUUAUGUCAAGUCGUGUUCCUUUGAAAAAGAUUGUUGGCGAUGUAAUCAAUUCACAUGAAGAAAUGAUUGUCAUGGGUGUUGUAGCUAUACUCGCUUCAUUUAUAACCGUAUUUUGCAUACAUUUUGUUGCCAGUUUAGCAUCAUGGUUGAUUCUUGUUGUUAUCUCAGCCCUUUUACUAAGUUUAACAAUUUUAUUAUGGUGGGUUUAUUUCAUGACGCGUAAUGGAAAACUGUUACCAGAAAAAUUAGCCAAACUAUUACCUGAAGAUUCGGAAAAUGAAUCAAUUGUUUUGACAGUAGCUAUCAUAUCUACAAUUGUUACGUUGGUUAUCAUUUAUGCUGCAUCUAGUAUGCGUUCUCAUGUAAAAUUUGUUGUAGCAUUGUUUCAAGAAACUGGCGCAUGUAUUCGAACAAUGCCUCUGAUUUUGAUUCAGCCAUUAUGGACAUUAUUAGCAUUGAUCGCAUUUCUUGUCAUUUGGCUAUUCAUAUUAAUGGCAUUGGCCACAUCGGAUCAGGAAUCUCGAGAUCAACGAAUGUUACAGACAACUAACGAUAAUGAUUUACUUUCUGUUGGUUCUGCAUACAAAAAUAAACUCACAUCAUUCACAUUAAUUCGGUAUAAAGAUUCAUCGGGGAUACAAUUUAUGUGGUGGUAUUUGCUCAUUGCAUUCAUUUGGAUAUCUGAAUUUCUUUGCUCUUGUCAACAAUUAAUUAUUGCCGGUGCUGUAUCCUCAUGGUAUUUCUCUCGUGAUCGCGAAAAUCUUGGAUUUCCCAUUCUUAAUGCUACCCGUGAUUUGGUCUGUUGUCAUAUUGGUUCGGUAGCAUUAGGAUCAUUUUUAAUAACAGCUGUAAAACUACCACGAUUAAUAAUUCAACAAACAACAGCAAGAUUAAGACGAUUUGAAGAAUAUCGUUUGGCUCGAACCGCAUUAAAUGCUUGCGGUUGUUGUCUAUGGGUCGUGGAAAAAUUUCUCACCUAUCUAACACGUAAUGCCUAUACGAUGGUCGUAUUGAGGCGAACAAAUUUCUGCGUCAGUGCACGAUUAGCUUUUCAGACAUUAUUCUCUAAUACUCUUCGUGUGACUGCCAUCAAUUCGAUUGGUGAUUUCAUACUAUUUUUGGGCAAAUUAAUUGUCGCAUCAUUAACGGCGAUUGUUGGCGUAUUUUUGAUUCGAUCAAAUACUGCCAUUCAUUAUUGGAUGGUGCCUGUAUUGAUAAUGACAAUGUUUGCAUUUUGGAUUGCUCAUUGUCUUCUUUCAGUAUAUGAAAUGAUUAUCGAUGCAAUGUUUCUUUGUUUCUGUCAUGAUAUGAAUCAACAUGAUGGAUCACCCGGUAAUGAAUAUUAUGCACCUGAAUCAUUAAGAAGAUUUCUACAUGAGGAUGAACAAACAAUGUCGGAAAUACGACCAAAUCAAACAGUAUCAAUGAGUGAAGAUGAACCAGAUAUUAAGCGACAACAGCCAGGAUCACAACAGGGAAUGUAUCCAGAUCUUCAUGAUUAUCAAACAAUUCGCUAAUGAUAAUCAAUCAACCAAUUUAUGCAACGCUCGAUUUAAACUAUAUUGCAACAAAUUUGAUUCAAAAUAAAAACCAUACAAUAUUAUAUUUUCAUCAUAAAUAUCAUUACUACCGCCAUCAUCAACAAUUAUUCUCAUUCAAAAUUUAUUCUAUAUAGUCUUAACAUACAUAAUGCAAACAUGAACACAAAAAAAU